GGACUCUACCGGGACGACGGACUUGCCAUCACUGACGCUACGCCUAGAGAAACUGAGAACAUCAAGAAAGAAAUAUGCCGCAUCUUCAACGCUAACGGUUUGCGCAUCACCAUAGAAGCUAACAAACAAGUAAUCAACUUCCUAGACGUCACAUUCAACCUUAGCCGUAACACCUUCCAGCCGUAUACAAAGCCUAACACUACAUUACAAUACGUCCACCACGAGAGCAACCAUCCACCAAUCACUACAAAAAACAUUCCCGCAGGUAUCAACAGACGCUUAUCAUCUCUUUCAUCUAACAAAGCCUCCUUCGACCAAGCCGCGCCCGCCUACCAGAAAGCACUCGACGACAGUGGAUACAGCUACACGCUUCACUACGAACCCACCCAUACACGCAAACCGAAAAACCGACAACGCAAUAAAAUUCUAUGGUACAACCCACCCUUUAGCAAGAACACCAGUACCAACAUUGGACAUAAAUUCCUCGCCUUAAUAGACAAGCACUUCCCCAAGGACCACAAGCUACGCAAAAUCUUUAACAGAAACACCAUCAAGAUCAGUUACAGCUGCAUGAACAACGCAAAACAAAUCAUCGACAACCACAACAAACGAAUCUUGACUGCCCAUGCUAAGACUGGUGCUACCACCGCUGCCGCCGACUCCGCCCCCACCAUCAUCAACAACAACAACAAGAAAUGCAACUGCCGACAAAAGAACUCAUGCCCCCUCAACGGGAACUGCCUUCAGCCUGCUGUCAUCUACCAAGCUACUGUCACACGAAAAGACACCAACACGACAGAAACGUACAUCGGGCUCACUGCGAACGACUUCAAAACAAGAUACAGCAACCACAUGUCAUCAUUCCGUCACGCAAAGAACAGAAACUCCACUGAACUCAGCAAACACGUCUGGCCCCGGUUGUUCAAACGUUGGAUAGCGCUAUCCAACGUUUGAACAACCGGGGCCUGGACUCUUAAAGACAACAACAUCAACUACUCUAUCGCCUGGCGCAUUCUAUCUUCACACCUGCCGUACAACAGCUCAAGCAAACGAUGCAACUUAUGUCUUAAAGAAAAAUUCCUUAUCAUCUGCCGACCUGAACUCUCUACACUUAACAAACGUAAUGAACUCGUGUCUUCCUGCCGCCACAGAAACAAAGCCCUCUUGCGCAACAACUGA